AUGAAGCUCCACGUCCCGGGCCUCCCGAGCACAAGCGACCACAGCUGGUCCGUGGCCCUAGCACUGGCUCUAGCGCUACAGAUAGUGCUAUACCGUGAGAAGCUCCAGGACGUGAUGCGCGACGGCUGCAAGCGGCUCUUGGUGUUCAGGACCAUGCAUCGGCGCUUUGCCAACCAGCGUCUCAAGCGCUUGAACAGUCUGGGAGACGGCCGCAAGUCGCAGUGGAUGUGGACGAAAGGGGCACAAGACGGAAGUUCGGUAACGAGUGACAGCUCGGAAGCAAAUGCGGACGACGGAUCCAGCGGCACUGACGGCCUCAUCACUUCACAGAAGAAGCUCGUGCUCGUGAUGGUGGGCCUGCCUGCGCGGGGCAAGAGCUUUGUCGUGCACAAGACGCUGCGGUACAUUGAGUGGAUGGGGUUUCCCACGCGAAUGUUCAAUGUGGGCGACUUGCGGCGUCAAUUGGGUAAAACGGGGGAGGGCGCCACCUUUUUCAGUCCGAGCAACUCGAACGCCAAGCGACUGCGUGAAGAGAUGGCAAUGGAUGCACUGGAUGGUCUCUUGGACUGGAUCGAGACGCACGGACACGUUGCGGUCUUUGACGCGACCAACACGACCAAGUUACGCAGGCAACAUAUUUUGGACAAGGUGAGCUCGCACCGGAACAUUCGCGUCAUGUUUGUCGAGAGCAUUUGCGACAACGAGAAGCUGCUGGAGGCCAACUACCGUCGAAAGCUCUUGAAUGCCGAUUAUAAGGAUAAGGAUCCAGAAGUGGCGCUUUCUGACUUUCGACAGCGCGUGCAGGAAUACGAAAAGGUCUACGAGACCGUUGAAGACACAGAGGAUGGCGGCAAUGCGUGCUACGUCAAGGUGUAUAACGCCGGCGAGAAAAUCCAGGCACGGUACUGCCAAGGCUUUUUGCAAAGUCACAUUGUGUCGCUCUUGCAAAAUAUCCAUUUGAAGCCGCGUCGGAUCUGGCUGGUUCGUCCAGGACCUAGUGUCACAAGCUGCAACGGUAUCCUCGGGCUCGACUCGGAGUUGUCGGCGGAGGGGCACCGGGUAGCGCGUGCCAUUACGCGCUUUGUCGAGAAGCUCGAGCUCGAACGCCCGAUGGAAGUGUGGACGAGUCCCAUGAAGCGCUCGCGAGAAACGGCAGCUUACUUACCCACCCACAACUUGAAGCGUUUCGUGACUACCACGCUGCUUACUGAGCUGGGAGGCGGUGACUUUGAGGGACUUAAAUACGAGGAGAUUGAGCGCUUUUACCCCAAGCACUACAACGCGCGGCUGCAGGAUAAACUACGCUAUCGUUACCCCGGUGUAGGUGGAGAGAGCUACGUGGACGUGAUCUCGCGUCUGCGCUCGCUGAUCGUAGAGUUUGAGCGCAAAAAGCGUGGCGUGCUGGUGAUUUGCAGCGAGUCUAUCCAGCGCUGCCUCAUGGGCUAUUUUUCCGGGUGCGAGGCGGCCAAGGUACCCUACCUGGAGUCGUACGAAGACACGGUCAUUGAGUUGAAACCGCACCAGGACGGCUGCGACAUUAAGCUCAUUCCGCUCGAGUUCAAGGAGGAUGCUGUAGAGAGUGUCACUACUGUCGGAUGA